AUCAACCUAGCUAAAAUGUUGUCGUUUGGAUCUCAGAUCAGUCUUCCACUGCACCGCCCCUAGGAGCGAGCGAGUCCCCUCUCGUCUCUCUUAUUUGUUUCUCCACCUUCGACCUAACCGCUGCCGUGGCCAUCUUCUCCGUGCUCAACUUAAUUUGUGAAAAUGCUUUAGAGGAUUUCAAUACAUUAGGAGAAUAAUAUAUUGGUUUUGUAGAAAGUUCUUUGGUGAGGCCAUCUAUGAUUGGUACUUGCUCUUAAUUGGUUGGUAGGACAAGCACUACAGUGGGUCAGCUUCAUUCCAUGCAAAAAUCCCAGAAUGUAUUCACAAAUCAUUGGCAACACUUUGUGCAAGAAAAAUUCUGAAAUUAUUUUUUCUCUAUCUUGCUUCUGCCACCAUGGAUCUCAGUUUGUUCCAUCACAGUAUCGAUCAAUAUUCUCAACAGCGCAGCUACAAAGUUCAUGGGUGAACAAGAUCAAAGGGGUCUUCACCGGCCAAAAGGGUUCUGAAGGAGAAGCUCAAAUCAGCUCCGAGUCAUUCACUCUUCUCCGUUUUGCGGAAGAGUUGAGUAAAACAAGAAAAGUAGGGGCCUUCAAGCAAUAUAUAGUAGGUAGAAGCAGUGAAGCGACAUUUGCUGAGGCUUUUGAGAAACAAGAAGCUGUAAUUCGAUGUCUUGGAGGGUUUGAUCCCACUGGCGAUAAUCUCCAACUCAGUCAUAAGAAAGAGGCAGCAAAACUUUGUAAUUGCACAAUUACAGAUGUUGAGAAUGCUCUGGCAAAGUUUACAUGGGCUAAAGAAGCACAAAGGAAGAUAGAAAGCUUACAAAAAGAAGGGAAACCAAUGCCAAAGAGUCUUGCUGAGGUGCAAAAACUGAUGGGAUCUACACCAUUAGAUAUUGCCAAGUCUAAUUUGGCCAAGAAUGGUCAAAUAAGUAGGAAUGCGCUUUGCCCAUGUGGCUCUAAAAAGAGAUAUAAAAGGUACUUUUCUGUUAUUAUGUAGCCUUUUAAAUCCAACAGCUUAUUGUUUCAUGUGCUUGUUUUUCUUGGUCUAUUCAUUUCAUUUUUUCUUAUCAAAAGGUGCUGCGGGGAGAAUUGAAGAUGUUUACUGCUCUUUAAAAGUUUCUUACAUUAACAAGCAUGAAAUGGAGAUUUUGAUAAAUGCCUGGAACUCCUAGAAUCAACCUUUAAGAUCUCAGAUAGGAGCGAACCCAUUUUCCCUAAGCAGUUUUGUGACUAGAUGGUCAGAAUUGCUUAACACCUAGGAUUGUUACUUCUCCUUUCUACCUUCAUUUUGUAAUAAAACUAUGUGAAGCUUGUUUAAGAAUAAAUGCUCAAUUGCCAGAUUUUUAAGUA